CGUUGGCGGCGUACCACCAAUUUUCAACAGGAGACCAGGGAGGCGCGCCUGGGACUUGAUUGACAAGCGGCUUAGCCACUUGCGAUGGCGCUGUGAGCGGCGGGGCGGGAGGGACGCUUCGCGGGGUCCAAUUAAAGCUCGCAAUCCGAAGAGGGGAAGCGGCGUUGUCGGAGGGGACGGGUUUCGCGCCCCGCUUUCCAGGGAAAGGCUGUUGUUCCUCUUGAUUCCGGGUUCCGGUGGCCAAAGUAGCCGAGACACGCUGCCCCCCUUCCCGCCUGGUUUUAAGGGGUGGGGCUGGGAGAAUGAAUUUGGUGGCGAGGUUGGUACCUUGGCGGGAGGGAGGGAAGCCGCGAGCGAAGGGCUUUUUGCUUCUUGUUGCUAUGGCAACGCAACGUGUUUUUCACCCCCUCCCCACCGUCGCGAGCCGCCUUGUCGCGAUAUUUGCCGCAGGGAGCGUGCGCACUGGCUCCGGGUGGCGCGCGACAUCCCCUUCCCCCCUCUCGUCGCAAAAGCAUUUGGUAGCUUUUUUUUUUAAUUAUUAUUAUUAUUAUUAUUAUUACUUACAUCUUGUUUUGUUGAUAGUUGCCUUGGACCUUGUAGGCGAGGGAAGAGGAAGGAAGAAUAAUGCGUGUCCCCGCUUAGGUUCUCAAGGCUGCUUGUGGAAGUGAUUUAAUGCCAUUUAGAUUGAUAAUCUAAGCAAUUUUAGCACAUCGAAUAAUGUAAGCUUGCAACCAAGGUGAAUAGGUAGGCAGCAGCCCAGCGUUCACCUUAAAAGAUGGAGUGAAAGCUAGAGACCCUUCUUAUGUAGGAGGACACGCACAGAGUUGAGUUUUCGGGCUGUGAUGCUCCAGGCCAUCUUCAUAAACGUUAGGAAGUGAUCCUUGGUGAGGUGGGCUGCCACUACAGAGCACAGAGCCAUAGCUUAGUGGUGCAGCAAAUGCCUUUCCAGAUUGGUUCUUGGUAUCUUCUAGGCAGGGCAGGGAAUGCCAUCUCUGAAGCCAUGCAGAGCCUCUACCAACAGAGCUUUCCAAACUGUUGCAACACGUUAGUGUCUUGGCUGCAAUGUGUUCGUGUGUCGUGCAAACGCUCCCGUGCUCCUUACCAGGGCUGGAAAGGGGUUAGUUUAACCUCUGGUUUGCUAGUAAAACUGAAUUACUGUGUCAUAGAAUUGUAAGAGUUGGAAGGGACCCUGAGGGUAAUCUAGUCCAACCCCCGGAUAUGCAGGAAUAGGCAGCUGUCCCAUACAGCACCAUGCUCUAACCAAGUGAGCCAUCACUAAAUGAUGCAUGUCUAAAAAGUGUGUCACCAGCCUGAGAAGUUUGGAAAGCUGCAGUCUACCAUAGUACAGAACGAGAUGGUUUAAUGGUCUGACUUUGUAGAAAGCAGGUUUUUUGUGUUCAUUUAGGUGCAAACAUCAGCACCCUUGCUUUCCUUACUAAAUCAGUAUAGGAACUCCCGUAGCCUUUAGGAAUGCAGAAGUCCAUUUUAAGCAUAUAAUAUACAUAUAUCAGGGAAAUGGUGAACUAAAAAGAGCAGAAGGGAGUCUUGAUGGCAGAUGGAGUAUACAGUUUUGUCAUUGUAGUCUCUAGUCCAAGUGUGGCAAACAUUUGGCCCUCCAAGAUGUUGGAAGAACUACAGCCCCCCUCAUUCCUGGCAAUUGGCCAUGCUUGCCAGGGCUGAUGGGAAUGGUAGUUCAGCAACAGCAUCUGGAGGGCCAAAGCUUUCCUACACCAGCCCUAGCCCAAAUGCAGUUGUUUAUGAAUCCAUCAUAAAUCUUAAAACUAAGACUGGACAUUUCAUGAAAUCACUUCUCAUUCUGUUUUCUUCAUCAGCAAGGUGACACAUACCUACUCACUAAGAUAUGCCACAGAACUAAAAUUGUGUGUUCUUUAAGAGAGAAAAAACAUACCUGACUACAUUUGUCUUUAUGUUCUAGAUCUGAGCUUCCUGUUGACAAAACCAAGAGAAAGAAAAGAAGAGACUUGACUGAAGAACAGAAGCAAGAAAUUAAAGAUGCUUUUGAGUUGUUUGACACAGAUAAAGACAGAGCUAUAGAUUAUCAUGAACUGAAGGCAAUUGAUUUUCUUAUAAAAAUAUUGAUAUUUUGCUUUAUAAUUGUACAGUGUUGUAUAAUCCUUAUAAGGUGUGUUAGCUACAUAUUGUGACACAUUUUUCUGUGGUAUACAUGCUAUGAACAAAGAUGGCUGAUACAGAGUAAAACUGUGGUGUAAUAGCAUUUACCGUAUUUUUCGCUCUAUAACAUGCACCCGACCAUAACACGCACGUAGUUUUUAGAGGAGGAAAAUCCGUAGGCAUGCCACCCGUAGGCAUUCCCUCCAUAACAUGCACAGACAUUUCUCCUUACUUUUUAGGAGGAAAAAAGUGAGUGUUAUGGUGCAAAAAAUACGGUAUAUAGCACUUGCUGAAUAUUCAGUAAGUAUACAAUAUUAGUAAUCAUUGCAACCUUCCUAUGAGAUAGGCUAGUAUUGCCCCCAUAGUGUAGAGGAGGCUGAGAUUGUAAGGAAGUGGUUUGCAUGUAGUGAGGUUUGAACUAGUUUUAUAGCUCACACUUUAGCAACUUCACUGCAGCAGCUCUUGAAUUGGUGUUUUUAAUGUUUGCUAUCUGUUUCUAUGAUGUUUAAAUCAGCCAUAAGGCAGAAGCACUUAAAAGUAAAUACUAGGAAAGAUGCAUUCCCCUUGGUCUCAUAGUUAACAUAGAUCUGCAUUCCAGAGGAAACUAUAGAUCUAGAAUUUUAGCAUUGUGGUAUGGUAUACGUGAUACCAUCAUAGCCUGUUUCUCUUUGUCAGAAACAUCUUAAGGCUGCUAUGUGGAGUUACGUGCAAUAUAUUAAUGUUCUAAGAACCUUGAUGUCAGUGGUGUUAAACUUGUUUGCUCUGAGGAAAGUCUCCAUGAUUUCAGUAAGGCUUAAUCCCAUGCAGCCUUGAUAUAAUAAACAUAAUUUUCAAAAUGUCAUAUUGUCAAAUCUUCUGCUCUCAUUUUGUAAGAGCCAAAGGCAGCAUGGGUGGGAAAUUUAUUCCAUCUGGUUGCCAUCCCAGAGUGUCUUUUUCAUAGAGCUAUUUUUUUCUUGUUCUUUUCUCACAAAAAUUCACUUUUGGAACUUGGAGAGAUAGAAGUUGUUGCUGAGCUGUUUAGGAUACUGAAAGCACAAACUAAUACAUUUCUACUCAGUCAGCAUGCUUAUUUUGUAAUGUCAGUAAACAAGAGGUUAAACAAGGACGGCAAGUUGGUAAUUUGCGGGUGCACCCAGUUCUCUCCAUUAACUCCAGCAGUAGCAUAGAAUAAAAUAUUAUGCUCCUUCAGCAUUGGCUUGAUCACUCCUGCUCUCCUGAAAAAGUGCUGGCAAACCCAAAGGUAUAGCAAGAGAGUUACCUUUGUCUCCCUCCACUGGUAAACCUCCACCCAAAAAACAGGAAAUCACCAUAGUGGCUCCUGUGGGAUCACAGGAUCACGUUAACUCUCAUCUAUCAAAGUAGCACUUCAGGUGCUGCUUUUGGAGGCACCAGAUGCUUCUUGGCUAGAGAUCAGGAAAUGUUGUUGUUUAGUCAUUUAGUCGUGUCCGACUCUUCGUGACCCCAUGGACCAGAGCACGCCAGAUCAGUAAAUAUAGAUCCAUAAAUGAUGUGCAGAGUGCUGUUUGGCUUGGCUUCAGAGCACCCAUUGAGAUUGUUCAAGAGAUCUCUGCAGUGUUGCAAGAGCCUGUUGGUAAUGUCCUGUUUGCUGCCAAGAGGGCAGUAUUGCUUCUCCCACUCUGGACGCCAGAUGUGUCAGCUUGGGUACGGCAAUCAUGUUCUGUCCCCCCCCAGCCAGCCAAGCACUUAAAACUGCACAAACUCCAAUUUUUUUGUCCUCCAGGCAUUUGUGGAAAAGUGGGCAGACUUUCAGAAAUGUUUAACCAUUUGGAAGUUUUAUCUUUACAAUCCCAUACAUCUACCUAGGAUUUUUUUUCUUUACUAUCAUCUAGGAAAUUCUCAUGUUAGUAAAAAUGUCAUUUAUUAACAUCAACUUGCUAUUGCAGUCAGUAUGAACUACGAUGAAUAAAUGAUUUGUGAGUCAACAUUGUUGCAUUUCUGUCUUUUCCCAAAAGGUGGCAAUGAGAGCCUUAGGUUUUGAUGUGAAAAAAGCAGAUGUGCUAAAGAUACUUAAAGAUUAUGAUCGGGAAGGAACUGGGAAAAUCACCUUUGAAGAUUUUAAUGAAGUUGGUGAGUGCUGGAUUUUAAACAUGUAUUGACAGGAGGAAAUUUGAGAAUAAUUGAUAGCUGGAAAUAUAUCUGGUCUGAUUCUUAAUGGAUGGGUAUCCAAAUGUAUCGGGGAUAACAGAUGAACCUUUUAAUGUUUACAGCAUUGUGUGUCCCCCCCAAAAAUAAAUAAAUGAAUGAAUAAAUAAAUAAAGAACUAUCAAAAUUUUGCUUUGACCCUCUGCAUGCACUUUCUUCUCUUCUAUCCCACCUUUAUCUGCCAGUAGUUACGAAACUGAACAAAGGUGAUAGAUAACCUUAAACUUUACUAGCAUUCCAUAGUUUUUCAUGUCCUGCUAUUUCCCCCCAGUAUCUCCUUUUAAAACUAAUUUAUUUUUUUAUUCCGUAUCCACAACUUUUUUUUUUUAAAAAAAAACCUAUUGGACUAUGAAAAAGUAAUUAUUAUGUUGGGGCAAUUUUUGUAUUUAACUUUGGCAGCCGUAUGUAGAAGAUUCCUACAAUAUUUGCUGUUGCUAUAGAAAGAUCAAAAGAGAGAGUAGGUUUUCUGCAGAAAUGAAGUAUAACUACUCGGCUACCUUGCUAAGUAUUCAGUAAGUUGUGACAUUUUCCAUAUAUUCACUUCCUAUGUGGAGUUCAAAUCCAUGCAGUUGAGGUUAUUAAAUGUACGUACAAUCCCCCCCCCCCGCCUCUUUAGGUAGAUGAUGGAAGCUAAUCUUUUAAAUUCUUUGGGUCAGAAACCUGAGGGCUUGGAAUAGAGUUAGAGCAUUUCAAUGCAGAAUUAUUAUUUUUUUCACCAACAGAAGUAGAGUUAAUUUCAUAGAAAUAGACCAGAUUUCCCAAUUGUUUUCAUUUUAGUGACAGACUGGAUACUUGAGAGAAAUCCUCAUGAAGAGAUACUCAAGGCAUUUAAAUUGUUUGAUGAUGAUGAUUCGGGUAAAAUAAGCCUGAGAAACCUGCGCCGUGUAGCUAGAGAACUUGGGGAAAACAUGACUGAUGAAGAACUUCGGGCAAUGAUUGAAGAAUUUGAUAAAGAUGGUGAUGGAGAAAGUAAGUUCUAAAAAUGCUGUGUUCAUGUGCUAAUCGUAAAUAUGAUAUAGAAAUAGUGCAUUGAAUUAGUUUUCUGUGUGAUGCUUUUAUGGUCAAGCAAGUGACUGAUUUUCUCUCCAGAAAAUGUAAUCCUACAAACUACCCAUGGAUCUGGGAAUGAAAUUCAGUUUCUCCCUAUUAAAGUAUGAAAUUAUAUGUCAUAGGUUAUACAUGAAUGUAUUGGCCUCUUCUGUUAUUUUGCAAUGAAUAAAUAAAACUGGGGUGAAUUAUUGACUGCCUACAAUGCUGUUGAAUCUGCAAUAUAAGUCACUAAAAAAUAACCAUAGAAUCUUCUUCAGAAAUCAAGAAAUUUAAGUGUACCUUCAAAUUUAGAAGACAAGGCCAAGAGGAUUUGGGGCUUGCAGCAAUAUGCAGCAUGAAAUGAUAGCAGCAUAUAUAUAUAUAUAUAUUUAUAUGUAAGCAAUUACCAACUAGUCUGUUUUAGUAAAGCUAAAUUAUUUUAAUUUCGUUCGAUAAUUGCCUGCUCUGAGGAUUUCAUACCAAGUUAAUCCUUCAAAAGGGUCCACUACAGACUUUCCAAAUGAAUGUUAAUUUGCUUUAAUAUUUUUGAGAGAAUUUCAGUAUUUAGCCUCCUUCAGACUGCUAAAAGGAGCUUAUUUGAUUGAUAAAAGCUUUCAAGUAAGAUAUGCAGUCAAUACUUACCUGUUUUCUUCGUUUUUUUUCAGUCAACCAGGAAGAAUUUAUUGCCAUCAUGACUGGAGAUGUUUAAUGGUACAAGAAAAGAAAUGAACUUGGCACAAAAAGGAAGGAUUAUCGGCUUUCAGCAUUGAAGCUGCCACCUUUCUGUUAAUUUCUGUAGCAGGAGCCAUGCAAAAAAUAAUUUUCCUCAAAGGACCAAAAGAAACACAAAAUCUAUGUACUAAGAGGUUGAUAUUUUAUAUCAUUAAAUUUUAGAUUAAGCAGUGUUACGUUUGAGUACUCAUUUGUAAAAUAGCUUUGUAUAAGAAUUUUAAAUUAAAUCAUAGUAUAAAACCUUUUGAAGUUGACAUUAUUUUAGCAUUAGCCGUGGCCUUAGUUUUUAUAUAAGAGUUUAACAGACAUCCAUUUUAAUAAAGUAUUCUUUUUAUAUUCUG